AAUAGUGUAAUCACAGAGUAAAGGUAUUCGCAUGUAUUCUUCAGAAUUCUGUGAUGCAAUGACAUAAUGACGUCAGAUAAUUUCAUGCUUCUCUCAAGCUGUUUUGUUUACUACCACGAAUUUUAACACAACAUGCCAGCUAAAGUGAAAAAUAGAGUUUUAACGUACGAAGGCUGCAAUUAUUUGCGAUAUCGUUUGUUACUUUCUACGCUUUCAGGAAAACCCGUACGAAUAACAGAUAUCAGAAUUAAAGAUGAUGAUCCUGGACUUAAAGAGUAUGAAGUAAGUUUUAUACGUUUAUUGGAUAAAAUCACAAAUGGAUCAAGAAUAGAAUUAAACGAAACUGGAACCAAUUUGUAUUAUAAUCCUGGUUUAUUAAAUGGUGGUGAAUUGGAACAUGAUUGUAGCUUGCAACGAGGUAUUGGCUAUUACUUAGAAGGAAUUAUGAUAUUAGCUCCAUUCUGUAAAAGCCCAGUUGAUAUAAAACUUAGGGGAAUUACUAAUAAUACUAUAGAUCCAUGUGUGGACAGAAUUAAAACAACUGCAGUACCUAUAUUAAAAAGAUUCUUAGCAGGUGAUAAUGAAGUUGUAUUUAACAUUAAUAAAAGAGGAGCAGCACCUUUAGGUGGUGGAGAGAUUCGUUUCAAAUGCCCCGCUAGUCGUAAUCUCAAAAGUAUUCAACUUCAAAAUAGUGGAAUGGUAAAACGAAUAAGAGGCACUGCAUGUAGUAUACGUGUUUCUCCUGCUAUUGCUAAUAGAAUAGUAGAAUCAGCCAAAGGUGUUUUACUGAAAUUCCUACCUGAUGUAUAUAUUCAUACAGAUCAUUGUAAAGGUGCAUCCAGUGGAAAAUCACCAGGUUUUGGAUUAAAUUUAUUAGCUGAAACCACCACAGAAGUUGUUUUUGGUGGAGAAGCAUUUUCACCUCUGAUGACAACAGGUUCGUUACCCUGUGUACCAGAAGACCUUGGUAAAGAAGCAGCUAUGAAACUAGUUGAUGAAAUUUAUCGAAAUGGAUGUGUGGAUUCUCCUUUUCAAAGCAUGACUGCAAUGUUCAUGGCACUGAGUAAAAAAGAUGUUUCAAAAGUGGUAACAGGACCUUUAACACCAGCAAUGAUACAGUGUUUACGUGAUUUACGAGAUUUUUUUGGAAUCGUAUUUAAAAUUGAACCACUUAAAGAAGAAGAUGAAAUAUUAGAUCAAGUUGUUUUAACGUGUGUCGGUGUGGGAUAUACCAAUAUAAGUAAACGAACACUGUAA